AAAGAAUGUUCGUUAGGUGAGGUGGUGGGUUGUUGGUGAAGCGAAAACGAUGACAAUAGUGAAGCCAUGGACGACUUCUUCCCUAUUCUCGCGUCUUUGCAUAAAUGGCAGUUCUACCCCUCUCUUCCCUUUUAUUUUACACUUUCGACACUCCUUCACCUUCCUCUCUCCUACCACUCCUCGUCUUUCCAUGGCCGCUUCCCCUCCUCAGUCAACCUCUCAGACUGUUUCUCCUGGAGGUGUUCAAGGUGAUGAAACCAAUGUCUUCCAGUUGAUUCAAUCUCAUCAGGAAAAAGCAGCUCGGCUUUCUCCGCUUGAGGAGAUUCGUACAGUACUCGAUGGAAAUGUGCGUGGUACACUUUCUACGUUUUCGCAGAUGCAUGAUGGCUAUCCAUCGGGAUCAAUGGUUGACUUUGCGUGUGAUAUAGAUGGGUCUCCAAUAUUAGCAGUCAGCAGCUUAGCUGUUCAUACAAAGGACUUAACAGCUAAUUCUAAGUGCUCAUUGCUUGUGGCUAAAGAUCCCGAGGAUAGAACUGAUCUAAUAAUCACUCUUCUUGGUGACGCUAUUCCUGUUUCUGAGAAAGAUAAAGCAGCAGUUCGCACUGCAUAUUUGGCUAAGCAUCCGACUGCAUUUUGGGUUGACUUUGGUGACUUCCAAUUCAUGCGCAUUGAGCCAAAAUUUGUACGAUAUGUGUCAGGGGUUGCAACUGCUUUGCUAGGAUCAGGAGUGUUCAGUGGUGAGGAGUAUAAAGCUGCAAAAGUUGAUCCACUAGCUCAGUUUUCUAAGCCUGUUGCGUCUCACAUGAACAAGGAUCAUGCUGACGAUACAAAAGUCAUUGUACAACAUUCAACAUCAAUUCCGGUUGACUUUGCGUACAUGCUGGACUUGGAUAGCCUUGGUUUUUUUGUGAAGGCGGGUUAUCAAGGGGAUACUUUCAAGCUUCGAAUACCUUUCCCUAGACGUGCUGAGGAUCGAAAGGAUCUGAAGACCCUCAUAGUGGAAAUGCUUCAUGCUGCUAAGGAGUCAAGAUAAUGGAUCACAAAACAUUACGGAGAAAAGAGUUGCGCUUAUCCAAACUCCUGGUGGUAAUUGCCUUUAUUUCUUUGGGCCAUUGUACUAUUAUAAUUUUACCUGCUAGCUUAAACAAAUAAAUAGAAACAAAAAAAUAAAUAACAAAACAAAAUAGAAAAGAUAGUGUGUAUGAGUAUUAUAGUUGGGGUAAUCAAACUGAAUUGUCUGAUGUAAAUGGUAUAUUGAAAAUUACAAACAUGUGUGCUAUUGUGUAUAGUUUUCCUUC